AUGAGUUCCAUUCGCGACGACAGCCCGGGCGCGGCCGCCAAGAUUGGCUCCUACUUCUCGCGGCUCAACCCCAUUCCCGCGUUUCCCGACUACACAGGACCCUACAAGGUCGGCACCGUCGACAUUGAGAUCCCUGUGAGCGAUCUCGACUCGCCCAGCCCGGCACCCGACCACGCCGCUGGCCUGCACACCGUCCAGUUCCGCGUCUUCUACCCGACGGCCCCCGACGCCCAGGGCAAGCGCAUCAGCUGGCUGCCCGCGCCCCAGCGCAGCCACGUCUCCGGCUACACGCAGUUCCUCGGCAUCGGCCCCAUGCUCGCCGAGUUCGUGUCGUUUCUGCCGCGCCACCUCCACUACACCUCGAUCCCGGCCCUCAAGAAUGCCGCCCUGCUCACGCCCAACACCCCCAGCGGCCGCUGGCCGACGAUGAUCUUUUCGCAUGGCCUCGGCGGCAGCCGCAAUGCCUACUCGCACAUUGUCGGCUCUGUCGCCUCGCACGGCGUCGUCGUCAUCUGCCCCGAGCACCGCGACGGCAGCUCGGUCGUGUCCUUUGUGCGCGACCCGGCCGCCCAGAACCGCUUCUUCAAGCAGAACCGCCGCAGCGUCGUGCCCUACAACCGCAUCCCCCACAACGAGACGCCCGAGAUCUGGGCCAUGCGCGACCAGCAGAUCCGCAUCCGCCUGUGGGAGCUGGGCCUCGUGCACGACGCCGUCCUGCGCAUCGACGAGGCGUCGCCGCUGACCAACCUCAACACCAGCACGCCCGUGGCCGCCAUGGCCCAGUUCGCCGACAAGCUCGAGGUCCACAACCCGGGCGACAUUGUCUGGUCGGGCCACAGCUUCGGGUCGGCGUCCAUUGUGCAGCUGCUCAAGACGACGUACUACGCCGAGGCCCCCGAGCUUGCGUCCAUUGCCGACCCGCUGUACACGCCGAAGCGGUUCUCGCGCCUGCGCGAGCAGAUCACCGAGAAGAGCCCGACCAUCCUGCUCGACAUGUGGUGCUUCCCGCUGCUGUCGCCGGGCCAGCGCGCCCUGCACGACCUGCCCCUGCCCGUCUACGCCGACGUGCCCACGGCCCCCGGCGGCACGGGCCUGCUGGCCGUCGAGUCCGAGUCGUUCUUCAAAUGGAAGGCACACCUGCACGCCACCGCCAAGAUCCUGUCGCCCGUCCCCGCGGCGCCCGUCGUCUCGCCCGCCGCCUACGAGCGCCCCAGCGGCGUGCGGCUGCCCGAGCCCAACUUCUUCUUUGUCCAGAACAGCGCCCAUCUCAACCAGAGCGAUUUCGGCCUGCUGUUCCCCUGGCUGACCAAGAAGGUGUUUGGUGCGGAGGAGCCCGAGCGCGCCAUCCGGCUGAACCUGCGCGCCAUUCUGCAGAUGCUGCGAGCCAACGGUGUCCCGGUGGCCCGGACGUGGGUGGGCGAUUUGGUGGACGGCGCGGAGGUGGACAAGCUGGGGCGGCCCACCGCGGCGUCGGCGCCGAGCGACAGCGAGGCUUUGGCCACGCCGACGAGCACACCGACGAGCACACCGACAAGCCCACCCAGCGAGAGCGAGGCCGCCGCCACCCCCGCGGCGGACACACAGGCGGCCGACGCCGCUCCGACGCCUACGGCGCCGUCGCUCUCGCACACCAUUGGCGACCGCAGCCUCGCCGACGGCCUGUUUGACGACAAGGCCAUCUUUGACCGCAGCGGCCGCGGCACCGUCGACCACUGGCAGUGGAUCGACAUUGUCGGCCUGGGCGCCGACGCCGCCGACUCGUACAAGAAGGCCACGGUCUCCUCCGAGGUCCGCAGUGUGGACGGUGCGGACAGCGUGGACAACGCCGACAGCAUCUCGGUCUGCACGACCGCCUCGGCCAUGGACGAAACCGAGCAGGCCAUGGAGGCCGAGAUUGAGCCGCACCUGGGUGCACCACACAUGGUCGCGGUGACGGUGUAA